AUGAAAGAGGGCAGGUUUUACUACAUCACAGUGUAUCAGAAGGCAGAGAAACUAGGUGACUGUGCUUCGGUUGCUGUUGAGAUGCCGAGUGGCCAUUUUGAAGGUCCUCUUAAACAAAAACACUUGAGUUGGAAACUACCAGGUUGGUUGGGAAGAGCUGAAAUACUGUCUAUUAAAACAUACUUUGUGUACGCCAACCCGCGUGCACUAUCCAGCCUCGAAUUUGGUUCAGGCUUGAAUUUGGUUCAGAUAUUCAUUCCAAUAGUUUUUAUUUUGUGUGUAAUAUUCAUGUAUCUCUUUCGUUUGUCAAUUAAGAUGGCCGAACUGGACCAGGUCCCUCAUCGGAGUCAUCAGGUAUGUUUAACUUCAUAAAAGAAAUGAAAAUAAUUUGAUAAUUUGUAACUCAGUAAGAUUUAAGAUUUAAUUAUUAAUUUCCAAAAAAGCAAUAACAACUGGAUUGCUCUGGAAUUACAUAGUAUGUGAAUACAUUCUCUUAGCCUGUGUACAAACUGUAGCUCAGUUGGUCAGAGCGCUUCAUCGGAAUUGCAGAGACCCCUUAUCGCAGGGAUUCCUUACAGGGAACAUGAGCGGCCGUGUUGUAUCGGAUAUACAAACUCGAGCCGAAGGCGAGAAUGGCUUAAAAAACGACUCAUCUUAUGAGUUCAUUGGCGAAGUAAUUUUAAAAAUAAACGUUGUCUAAGCCGAGAUAAUCAAAGUUAAAGUUUAAUAAUGUAAAUCAACAUGAAUCUGUAUCACAUAUACAGACUCCUUCACGCCCAUGAUUUCUUUUGUGUUUUCUUCGUGAAUUAUUAAUGAGUUUUUAAAUAUAUAUAAAUUUCCACCCGAUAAUUCCAUCUACAAUACUUUUGUGCUGUCUGUACACAAGCUACAUCAUAGAAAGAAUUUGAUAUAUUCCACUCAAUUUAUGAUAAACUCUUUGUACUUUUAGCUUUGCCUAAACCUGUUGGUUUGUUUCCCUUGGAUAAGACAUUUGGUGGGAAAGAUGUCGUCAAUCAAGAGAAUGUCAUACUUAAACAUGUGCAAUUAACCACUGGACCUGAUGGUAAGAUUUUCUGCAUUUUUACUAGAGAUGAGUAGUAAAAACAAACAUCAGGGAAAUGAUGAAGUAUACCUGGUGAAGUAUAUUGAUCCAGUUCUGGUCGGAUUUGAAAUAUCACUUGCAAUGGAUAAUUAUCUGAUAUUUUCUUUUUUAUUUAUUUAGAACGUAAAACAGCUUACGAAUUUUCUGGCAACAAAGACUCUUAUAUUGAAAUACCCCAAACCAGCCACCUCGAUACUCAAUAUUCUAUGACUCUAUUGGCUGCAAUAUUUCCAACUGGAAAGAACGGUCCGAUAAUGCAUUACUCUGCCGAGAAGUGGGGCGUUCAUUUCUGGCAGUAUAAUGAAAAUCAACUGUUUGUCAGGUUUGUGACACGAGAUGGAGUGUUCACUCAACCUCUAGCAGCCAGAGUAUUACAGGUAUUUAACUACCUUCAUUAUUUUGUGCUGGAUAGUUCUGUCAGUUCUAAACUGUUCUUCCUAGAGGUCCAGUAAGGAUCAUCUCUUAUUGAUCCAGUGUUACUACAGGAGGAAACCUAAACUAAACUAACUUUAUUUAUACUGGAUAGCUCUAUCAGUUCUAAACUGUUCUUCCUAGAGGUCCAGUAAGGAUCAUCUCUUAUUAAUCCAGUGUUAUACUACAGGAGGAAACCUAAACUAAACUAACUUUAUUUAUACUGGAUAGCUCUAUUAGUUCUAAACUGUUCUUCCCAGAGGUCCAGUAAGGAUCAUCUCUUAUUGACCCAGUGUUACUACAGGAGGAAACCUAAACUAAACUAAACUAACUUCAUUUGUACUGGAUAGCUCUAUCAGUUCUAAACUGUUCUUCCCAGAGGUCCAGUAAGGAUCAUCUCUUAUUAAUCCAGUGUUACUACAGGAGGAAACCUAAACUACACAACUAGAGAAGAUUAUACAACUAUAAUACUAAGAUAGAUAGAAGCAUCUAUAAAACUAAAAAGUUGUAUUUCGUGUUGCGGAGACUCUCAAACGUGGGAGAGGCAGUACCCCCAAAAUGGCGGGAAAAAGUGGGCGCUAGAAGUGCUGAUUAUGGUAAAUUGGGUUUUCAUGCAUUUACCUUUUUCUUCAUGUCGUUCUAGCCAAACAAAUGGAACGAGGUAGGCGCAUCUUACGACAACCUGACUGGUGUUGCACAACUGUGGCAUGAUGGGAAGAUGGUCAAAAGUCGAAAUAUUGGUCAGAUACAACUUCGUACCCAGUUUCCCAUCAGACUUGGCGCGGACAGCCGGGAUAAACGUCAGUUCAAAGGAAAGAUCUCUUGUCUACAGAUAUAUAACCGCGCUUUGACGGCUGAACAAGUUGGCUCGCUCAGAAAUUGUCCAGUUAAAGGUAAACUUUAUGACCAAAAUUCAAAGAAGACGCGACUAUUUGCGUGCAAUGUUAUGCAAUGCUUUACCACGUAAACGACAUUGAAGGUCAAUAAUCUUGCGUUUAUACACUUUCCUUUACUGCCAGGACUUAAAUUCUUCAUAGCUUCCUGGUAUUAAGGGCACAUAGUAAUUGGUUUUAACUGUUGUGGUGUUUCCGCCAUUUGUCACUUGUAUAAUAUUGUAUUUUAUUUAUUGAACGUUCUCUGACUAAAUAUUUAUUUCUACGAGCUUUCGGCUAUCAGUCUAUAGCCUUCGACGGGUGUAGAAUGAAGGCUAUAGACUGAUAGCCGAAAGCUCGUAGAAAUAAAUAUUUAGUCAGAGAACGUUCAAUAAAUAAAUUAUGUUUCAACCUGGCUACGCAUCCUCUAUUUUUUCAAAUAUUGUAUUUGUAUUGUAUGUGAUAAUGCAUGUCAUUCGUGUAAUUUUACCCGGCGAAGUUGAAUAAAUAAAUAAAUAGAUAAGUUAAUAUGUUUUUGUGGGAUACCGUGCGUACAAAUGCCUUCCACUUAUUUUUUGAAAUAUUCGUAUUAUCUUUCUUGCAGGAUUGAAUGAUGGAAAAGAGAACACACACUCAGGAACAGGUUUGUAAAGGCAGUUCAACAUUAUCGAAGUUUCUGUAAUCACAGUGAAGAAUUUUGCUCAUGUACAUAAAUUCUACGUUUUGAAGAAUUUGUAAAAAAUUAACGCUAGAGUCAAUUCCUUCAAACAUUUCUCACAAAUCCUUUAAAACUUACGCCCGUAUUCUAAAAGCUCACUCACACUCAAUGAGUGGAGGUUCAAUCUGAGCUUCUAUUGAGUCUCAAUGCUGUUUUUGAAUAGCUGGAGGGUGAGUAUUCACCGAGUAAGGUAUGACACCAGCCCUCCAGCUAUUCAAAAACAGUAUUAACACUCAGGAGAAGCUCAGAUUGAACCUCCACUCAUUGAGUGUGAGUGUGAGUGAGCUUUUAGAAUACGGGCGUUAGAAUUUACCCAUGCAAAAUUCCUACUGUGAUCACAGAAACGUUGGUAGUGUAACCCAGCCUUAAUGUUUCCAUGUAUCUGUAUAAGUAAUAGAAUGAUUAAGAGUUCAAUUUGAAGUAAUUUGAUAGUGUAAAGGAAAUUCAACACUUUUUCCACUACUGGCAUAUCUAUGUACGUCCAUAUGUACACUCAAAGAGUGGAGGUUCAAUCUGAGCUUCCCUUGAGUGUCAGUGCGGUUUUUGAAUAGCUGGAGGGUGAGUAGUCACAUAGUAAGGUGCGACUCAAACCUCCAGCUAUUCAAAAACACCACUGACACUCAAGAGAAGCUCAGAUUGAACUCCACUCUUUGAGUUUGAGCUUUUAGAAUACAGGCGAUGGUUUUCAAGUGGAAGCAGUAAUGACUGAAUAAUAAAUUAUUUCAAAAUUAAACUCUUGUUUUUGUUUGGUUAAGGACUAAGCGCUCCAGGUUCCUCAGUGAAUCAACUACAGGAGGAAGACACGGAAGAAGAAAUCCAAGGUAAUAUUCACUAUAACCUCGCCUUCUACGACAAUCACGUCGUUUCACACAGUUUCACGAUGGGGCAAAUAGUUUGAAAUAUACCUUGAAAUAUUUUUCUUUUAUUUUGUUGUAGGCUCAGAAGUUACAUCUGGUAAGAUUGAUUUUAGAAAUUUUCUAACCUUAAUUCAAACAGAGAGGGCGCAAUGGACAAUUCCCAUUAUACACUAAUUUUAAAACUAGACAAGGAGAUGCAAAUAAAUCAUCACAGCUAGAAAGAGCAUACAAAAAUGAGUAAAAUUGCAAAGUUUGAUUGCGAAUUGUUGUAAAAUGCGGAAAGUUUGCAAAUUUUGUGUAUUGCGUGCGCAUGCAAAUUGCUACUAUAUUUGGGCCGAAAAUGGUGCAAUUUCCGCACGCAAUCCAAAAGUAUACAAAAUUUGCAAACUUUGCAAGGCUAUAUUUUCCGCAUUUUACAACAUUUUGCAACCAAAAGUUGCAAUUUUAAUAAUUUUAAUAUGCUCUUUCUAGCUGUUUUAAAAUUAUUCUAUAAUGGGAAUUGUCUAUUACAAACACAUUGCGGAUGGAUGUCAAUUACAAGAUUGUUUUCUUUUUCUAGUGAACAAAUGUCGUCCUAAUCCCUGCCAAAACGCAGCAAGAUGUUUGAUUGAUUUGAAGAGAAUGGAUGGUUACCGCUGUCGCUGUACUUCAGAUUUCACAGGACGUCACUGUCAAGGUGGCUAGUUUUUGUUAUUGCAUGCAAGAGCGGAUUUUCAUUUUUUAAAAGGAGGGGUUACAAGAAAUGCAACUACAGGAUCUUUGACAGGAAUUGAACCUCGUCUUUUUCAGUUUCCAAGCCUGACGCGAAGUCUCCCGUUGUGAAAAAGGCCACCAUAUCUCGUCCAAAGACGGAGCCCAAGGAAGAGAUAACUGCAACGAAAAGUGUCCACGGUAUUACUACUUUCUUAGUUAGAAUAUUCUUGUAAUAUUUCCACUAGAACAUUCUUAUUUCCAAAUGGAACAUUCUUAUUUCCAAAUCGAUCAUUCUUAUUUCCAAUGGAACAUUCUUAUUUCCAAUGGAACAUUCUUAUUUCCAAUGGAACAUUCUUAUUUCCAAAUGGAACAUUCUUAUUUCCAAUGGAACAUUCUUAUGAAAGUCACUGGAUGAUGACCAGUCAUGGCGCUAUAUUUCUAUCCUAAAUGGCAGUUUGGUCCAUGCUAAUGCUAACAUAUACAUUUUUAAGGGAGUAUUGCCAAGGAAACGAAAAAUGACGUGUACUUGUUGUACCAAAAAGUUGGUUGCUACCAUGACAACGUACAACAACGCGACUUGCCCACCCGUCCGUCAAUGAAAUCUGUCACUCAGGAACAAUGUGUCAAAGAAUGUGCCAUAAAGGACGAAACAUUUUCUUAUUUUGGACUGCAAGAUGGGGAACAAUGUUUCUGUGGGAAGUCGUAUGGGAAAUAUGGUCGCGCUAAGAACGAAUUGUGCAACAAGCGCUGUCGAGGGAAUGAGGAUGAAAACUGUGGAGGAAAGAAUAAUAAUAUGAUUUACUUCUAUGGCAUUGGUAAGUACUGUUUGAUUUUGAACUGGGAGAACUAUCCAAUAAAAGAUAAAGUUUAGUUUAGGUUUCCUCCUGUAGUAACACUGGAUCAAUAAGAGAUGAUUCUUACUGGACCUCUCGGUACAACAGUUUAGAACUGAUAGAGCUAUCCAGUAUAAAUAAAGUUAGUUUAGUUUAGGUUUCCUCCUGUACUAACACUGGGCCAAUAAGAGAUAAUCCUUACUGGACCUCUAUGAAGAACAGUUUAGAACUGAUCGAGCUAUCCAUUAUAAAAAAAAGUUAGUUUAGUUUAGGUUUUUUCCUGUAGUAACGCUGGAUCAAUAAAAGAUCAUCGUUACUGGACCUCUUUUAAUUACAGUCUAGAACUGUUAGAGCUAUCCAGUAUAAAUAAAGUUAGUUUAGUUUAGGUUUCCUCCUGUAGAAACACUGGAUCAAUAAUAGAUGGUCCUUACUGGACCUCUAGUAAGAACAGUUUAGAAUUGAUAGAUCUAUUCAGUAUAAAUAAAGUUAGUUUAGUUUAGGUUUCCUCCUAUAAUAACACUGGAUUAAGAAGAGAUGAUCUUCUAAAGUGAUUCUCGGAUUUCCAGUGCGAAGUAACGGAACAAUCGGGAAUAAAUAAUGUAAUAUAUAUUUUCAGGCACAAACUACACUAUCCGUACCUACACUGGCAACGCGUUGGGGGCUGGGACCAAGGCAAAUAUUUAUUUGACUUUAUUUGGAGACAAAGGAGACUCUGGAUUCAGAAUGUUAAGUCCUGGUGACAAGAAGUACCAAAAAGGAAGGUAAGAAAGUGAAACGUAUAAUCUGCUUGCCCUCCAAGACCAGGAAUGAAGAUACUGACUUCUUCAUUAGUUUUGUUGUUUUGAGUUUGAAGAGUAGAGGUUCCUUUACCAGAGUCCCCACGGUCCUUGAAAAUCCUGGAAAGUUCUUGAAUUUGUUAAAAAAUCCAGGCCUAGAAAGUCCUUGGAAACUGAUAAGAUCCUUGAAAGUCCUGGAAUUUUUUUCUAGUAGGCUGGAAAUAAUUGAAGAAUUAUUACCAGCCUAAGGAUUAUUGCCCAAAUGUUUAUUUUCUCCAAUUUCAUUUUCUCCGAUGUCAUUUUUUCUAAUUGUAUUCCUCUCCUUAAGUUUAAGGAUAAAAGUUAGAUGAUUUUCAAAGAUUUUUUCAGUUGCCAGGUCCUAGAAUAUACUGAAAAAGGUCCUUUGAAAGUUCUGGAAAAGUCCUUAAAUUUCGUCUUCAGUAAAAGGUGGGGACCCUGCCUUAUAGUAUGUUAACGUUCUUAUUCAUUGAUAGUGUGGACACUCAAGUAAUGUCUCUACCGGAGCUCGGUGACUUGAGAAAAGUACGAGUAUUGCAUGAUAAUUCUGGCAAUGAUCCUAGCUGGUUCUUAGACAAGGUAAUAUACUACUUUCAUGUUAAACUAAUCUAGGUAAAAAAAGUGAAUUCUCGUAGAGAACUCAUUAAAAUUAGUAAAACUGCAAAAUUUGGUUGCGAAAUGUUGUAAAGUACGGAAAAUACUGAGUCUUGCGAAGUUUGCCUUCACCUCAUUUUAAGUAGUGAUAUUAUUUCAAAUCCUCCAAUUCGGGCUGGACUAGAUUUCAAACUUGAUAAAAUUGCGUAAACUUGAAAUUUAGUCCACUCCUCAAAGUCGGAUUUGAAAUAUUACUUCGAUCAUUUUUGCGUUCAGACUAUAUGACAGGGUGCGAUAAUUCGCGUACCAACGUACCGGAGGUACGCCAAAUUUAUGGUCUGGUACUUCUUUGUUUUUAGCCAAGUACCACGUAGGUACGCGAAAAUUUACUAUUCGCGUACUUACACUAUUUCCCUUCUAGCAAUAACUAGCCAACCUGCCACCACUGUAUGUAGCUGAGGUCAGACAGUUAGCACCCUCGUUAAAUCCACUAUAAAUGAGCGAUGGCAUUCGAGCCACAAGGUCGACGCUUUGAGAACUGUUAUAUUAUGUUGUACAAAUACCAUAAUUAAAGAUUAAUUUGUACAAAAUUGCCCAUACAUUUUUUUUGCUUUUAGACCAGUAUUAAAACUAUACGUAGGUAUAAAAACGCAUGACUCGGAAGUAGUCUUAAGUACGUCCGGACUCUCAAGUUUGUACCAGAUCAGGUACGCGGCAAAAGUUGUCGGAGUACCAGUCAGGUACGGCCAAAAAUAUUGAAUUAUCGCACCCUGUAUAUGAGACUUGUUGGAACAGUUUGUUGCGAGUCUUUGGGCUUCGCGAGCGUGGAAAUACCUCUGACACGCACAGAGUAGAGUAGGAUCUUCAACUGAUGAAAUAUAAUUUUGUUUUACAGGUGGUAGUCGAGGAUGAACAUGGAAAAACGUAUGAGUUUUCAUGUAAUCAAUGGUUGAGUGAAGGUCAGGGUGGUGGAAAAACGGAAAGAUUACUCACUUUAAAGAAGAGAAAACGAAGCCAUAUCUAGGUGCGUUUGCCUUUUGAACCAUCGUUCAGUUAAUUGGAUGAAACACUGAAGCGUGAAAUACUAAACCCCCUGUCAAACGAGAAUGAUAGUUGGUCGGAGAGUUGAGAAGCGAGAGUUUGCAUGAGAUUUUCUCAACUCUUAAACCUGGUUCACACUAACUUUUGUCGGCGAUUUUGUGUUUUUGACCGAUGCAAAUGAGUGAACUAGCGCACAAAACUAUAGAGUUUCCUGUGAAAAGUAAACAAUUCUAAGACUUUUGCCUGUCUUUCAAUCCAUCACAUUUGCCUGGAGACUUUUUACUUUUGUGUGCGACGCACUCGUUUACACCCAUAUUUCUUUCUCUUAAUUUCCCCAAAAGCAAAUAUCUAAUUUCGUUUAAAAAGUGACCGACUAUUUUGAUGUUGUGACCAAAUAAUUUUGAACUUAAAAAUUAUUAGGGGGUGUGUUACACCGCCUUCCCCCCAGGGGACCUCAAUUGAUUUGGUUACUGAUGCACCAUGAGAAAACUAUCGAUGUAAAAAAAAAUAUCAUAAACCACAAUGGUUUAGAUACCAGUUAAAAAUAUGGUAAUCAUAUAAAUAAAAAAUAAACUAAUUGAAUCUAAAAGAAACUUAAAAUAAACUUAAGUUUAUCAUAAACUGAAAUAUGUAUAACACAUGCUAGAAUUAUAUAAAAUAUAUUGUUGUAUUGAGUCUAUGGCUGAGUUUACAAUGUUCCAGAUAGCUUUCUGUAGCAACGUGAAACGCCUAUCCUCCAGGAACGCAAUUUUUAGAGGAAUUAUUGGAACGGAGAGAUGUUGUUUCGCUCAGCUUCUGAAAGUUGUACAUUCCUUAUCGGAUAGGUGCUUUUCGCGCCACUACGGAAAACUAUCAGGUAUAGUGGAAACGGAACCUAUAUGUAUUAUAAAACUGCUUAUUAAUUUAAGUCCUAAAACUCUAAAUUAGCUAAACAUUCACAAAUAUAUGGAGCGAUUUAAACUUAUUCAUUUAUAAUGAUAUAAUAUAGUAAUAUUUAAUAAAAUAUUGAAUCUAUAUUCAUUUAAAUUAAUUAAAGAUUUUACGUUGCAGUAUCAAUAAAAGUUAAAUUAGUUUUAAAAUAGUUAUUCUUAUUUGUUAAUUUGCUUAUGGUUAUUGAUUUUGUUGGCAUGUCACUCAUUCAGUAAUAGUUGAAGGGUCUCGUAAAUGAAAUCGAGUGGAAAUUUAUACUCAGGUUGUUAUAAUAUUUUAGUAUUUUUGCACAAGUGAAUAUAACAAAUCUCAACCUCGUACCCAGGGCAUUUUGGUCCCCCGGCCACAAAUCCUACAAGUUGAUUCGUCAAAUUUGACGUAUUUUAAAGCUGUUAUUUUUUAUUCACCUAUAUAACAAAACCGAAAUUUGCAAAAUAAUGGGAAAUUAGCAUACAGGGCGCUUAUCAUCCUCGUUCCCAGGCUUUGCCACUUGUAUAGAAACGCGCAAUAGGCGUACUAUGAGGCCUAGGGACUAGGCUGUAUAAGUGCGCAUAGGUGCGCUCUGGUCACAUGAUUUUGUGCGCACUGUUUGCCUGCGAAUCGGGCCUUUCAGAACCGGAAAUCGGGCUGGAACACGCGUUCAUUUGUAGUGAGUUUUGAUUUCAAAAAAGUACGACAAAUGGUAAAAUUCGCACGGUGCUCGUUUGCAAAAGCAACUCCAACAAGGUCCCCCUUUUGCUUACCCCAUGGCUGCCUGUGGUCCCCCUUUUCAUUUGAUUUGAUUUGCGUUUUACCCAUAUCAGUAGUUUUUACCCUACCGUUUUAUAUGCGUUUGUGGCAUGCGCAUUGCCUUUAUGGGCCUCGGAAUUUGUCGACAUGCAUCGUAGUGAUCCUGGUUUCCGACGUAUUUCCGGAAUGUUCCGAAUUUCGGGUUUUUGUAUCUCCGCGUGGCAAAAAUGGCGUAAAAAUUAUUUUGCUGGUUUAUAUUGAUCAAUCAUACCUUUAUUUGAAGGUAAUAUGCUUUAUUUAAUAUCAGUAUUUGUAGUAGAAUACUUAGAUUGCUAAUGUAGAUGGAAUUUUUAGGACAUCGGGCUCGAAUUAAGUGCGAAAUGUUCGGUAUAAAGUUUGUAAUUUGCACGUGCAGUCGUGCAUCGGUUUCGUCGAUUGUCGAAAUAAAAACCGUGAUCUGUUCUUAUUUAUACCACUGACCAAUAUAAAUGCAACUUUUAUAUUUGUUUACAAUCGAAGUUCGAACUUUGAAAUGAACUUGCGAAACCGCGCUUUGAAAAGUUAAAUAAGAAAUCGACAGUAAUCGAUAAUUCGAUAUAUGGUCAUAUGCACUAGCCCAGGAAGGGCGGGGAAUAAUUAAAGGGGAAUGGCUGUGGAUUAAAGCCCGUUCUCCACUAGGCGAAUUUAUUCGCGCGAUCCUACUUUUUCGCCGCAAAUUUUUUCUCCGACCAAUCACGUUGCCGGAUUUCGGUUUUUGCGUCGCGCGAACAAAUUCGCGUAGUGGAGAACGGGCUUAACGCAGGUUUGUACAGGGUAGAUAACAAGUUAAUUUAUUAGCCGGGACUUUAAUGCCAGGGUGAAUCUCUCAAUUUUUCUGCGCCGAAGAUUUUUCAAAUUCAUGUAAAGCUGCGCCAAAACCUGCGCCAAGAAAAUUGUCGCGAAAAAAUAUGCGGUUUUCGGAAAUAUCCGAAAUUUUCACCGAAUUUUCGAAAUUUGGCUUUUCAUUCUUCUCGAAUCAUAAUUUCAAAUAUACUGUUACAUAAAUGCUCAAUUGCUUCACCAAAUAUUUGCCAAAUUGCUGCGCCAAAUGGAUCUUUGGGAUCAUUCUGCGCCAAAUUGUUGUGCCAAAUCAAUAUUUGCGAUCAAUCUGCGGCAAAAUGUGCACCAAAUUUUGUUCGAGUCGCUGUUCUGUGCCGAAUAUCUUUCGGAAAUACACCCUCAAAUUCACCCUCGCUUUAAUGUGCGGCUAAUGUGAAAGUGGACUAGAACGAGUUUAUCCUCGUGGCAUUUAUAAACUUUUGUCUGUUUUAUCAUUGUUUCCUCAUAGUUAUUUUUUUUUAAAAUGAUGAUUGCAUGAUAGUUGAAACGUAGAUUACUCGGUAUCUUUUGAUGCGGAUCAAAGUUUAAGAUCAAUUGAUGCCAUUUUAUACUUCAACGAUUUCUCAAGUCAUGAAAAUUUGCAAAGUGCCGGGGUCAUAAGGGAGGUAACUUUAACCGUCAAUAUUCCCCCGGUAACGGGAUUCCGGCCGGAACUAACCUGCUGGAACCCCCUAAACAUUAGGUCAGAGAAAAUAGUGUUGGCUGGAAAAGAUAUUCUGUUUCAGCCUCUGGUGCUCCGCACAUGUUCGUAUCGAGUUUUUCACCUCGCUAGCCAAGCUAUUCACAUCCUCAGCAAAAUUCUCAUAAUUUUUUGUAGAUGCACAGUGCAAGUUCCAAGAAUGUCACAAGCCCCUGUCUCAAGAUCUCAUGAGUACAACUAUUCCAUUUAUGUUAUUGUAGACUGAUUAUUUCAAGGGGUUUUGUAGAAGGAAAUUUCAAGAUUUAUUUUAAACAUUUAUUGGACCUAACCACAAGCAGUUACAAAAAAUGCAACUACAGGCUCUUUGACAGGAAUUGAACCUCGUCUUUUUCAGUUUCCAAGCCUGACGCGAAGUCUCCCGUUGUGAAAAAGGCCACUAUAUCUCGUCCAAAGACGGAGCCCAAGGAAGAGAUAACUGCAACGAAAAGUGUCCACGGUAUUACCACUUUCUUAGUUAGAAUAUUCUUAUUUCCAAUAGAACAUUCUUAUUUCCAAAUGGAACAUUCUUAUUUCCAAUGGAACAUUCUUAUUUCCAAUGAAGCAUUCUUAUUUCCAAUGAAGCAUUCUUAUUUCCAAUAGGACAUUCUUAUUUCCAAAUGGAACAUUCUUAAUUCCAAAUGGAACAUUCUUAUUUCCAAUGGAACAUUCUUAUUUUCAGUCACUGGAUUGUGACCAAUCAUGGCGCUAUAUUUCUAUCCUAAAUGGCAGCUAGGUCCAUGCUAAUGCUAACAUAUACAUUUUUAAGGGAGUAUUGCCAAGGAAACGAAAAAUGACGUGUACUUGUUGUACCAAAAAGUUGGUUGCUACCAUGACAACGUACAACAACGCGACUUGCCCACCCGUCCGUCAAUGAAAUCUGUCACUCAGGAACAAUGUGUCAAAGAAUGUGCCAUGAAGGACGAAACAUUUUCUUAUUUUGGACUGCAAGAUGGGGAACAAUGUUUCUGUGGGAAGUCGUAUGGGAAAUAUGGUCGCGCUAAAAACGAAUUGUGCAACAAGCGCUGUCGAGGGAAUCAGGAUGAAAACUGUGGAGGAAAGAAUAAUAAUAUGAUUUACUUCUAUGGCAUUGGUAAGUACUGUUUGAUUUUGAACUGGGAGAACUAUCCAAUAAAAGAUAAAGUUUAGUUUAGGUAUCCUCCUGUAUAGUAACACUGGAUCAAUAAGAGAUGAUCCUUACUGGACCUCUCGGUACAACAGUUUAGAACUGAUAGAGCUAUCCAGUAUAAAUAAAGUUAGUUCAGUGUAGGUUUCCUCCUGUACUAACACUGGAUCAAUAAGAGAUAAUCCUUACUGGACCUCUAUGAAGAACAGUUUAGAACUGAUAGAGCUAUCCAUUAUAAAAAAGUUAGUUUAGUUUAGGUUUUCUCCUGUAGUAACGCUGGAUCAAUAAAAGAUCAUCGUUACUGGACCUCUUUUAAUUACAGUCUAGAACUGUUAGAGCUAUCCAGUAUAAAUAAAGUUAGUUUAGUUUAGGUUUCCUCCUGUAGUAACACUGGAUCAAUAAUAGAUGGUCCUUACUGGACCUCUAGUAAGAACAGUUUAGAAUUGAUAGAUCUAUCCAGUAUAAAUAAAGUUAGUUUAGUUUAGGUUUCCUCCUAUAAUAACACUGGAUUAAGAAGAGAUGAUCUUCUAAAGUGAUUCUCGGAUUUCCAGUGCGAAGUAACGGAACAAUCGGGAAUAAAUAAUGUAAUAUAUAUUUUCAGGCACAAACUACACUAUCCGUACCUACACUGGCAACGCGUUGGGGGCUGGGACCAAGGCAAAUAUUUAUUUGACUUUAUUUGGAGACAAAGGAGACUCUGGAUUCAGAAUGUUAAGUCCUGGUGACAAGAAGUACCAAAAAGGAAGGUAAGAAAGUGAAACGUAUAAUCUGCUUGCCCUCCAAGACCAGGAAUGAAGACACUGACUUCUUCAUUAGUUUUGUUGUUUUGAGUUUGAAGAGUAGAGGUUCCUUUACCAGAGUCCCCACGGUCCUUGAAAAUCCUGGAAAGUUCUUGAAUUUGUUAAAAAAUCCAGGCCUAGAAAGUCCUUGGAAACUGAUAAGAUCCUUGAAAGUCCUGGAAUUUUUUUCUAGUAGGCUGGAAAUAAUUGAAGAAUUAUUACCAGCCUAAGGAUUAUUGCCCAAAUGUUUAUUUUCUCCAAUUUCAUUUUCUCCGAUGUCAUUUUUUCUAAUUGUAUUCCUCUCCUGAAGUUUAAGGAUAAAAGUUAGAUGAUUUUCAAAGAUUUUUUCAGUUGCCAGGUCCUAGAAUAUACUGAAAAAGGUCCUUUGAAAGUUCUGGAAAAGUCCUUAAAUUUCGUCUACAGUAAAAGGUGGGGACCCUGCCUUAUAGUAUGUUAACGUUCUUAUUCAUUGAUAGUGUGGACACUCAAGUAAUGUCUCUACCGGAGCUCGGUGACUUGAGAAAAGUACGAGUAUUGCAUGAUAAUUCUGGCGAUGAUCCUAGCUGGUUCUUAGAUAAGGUAAUAUACAACUUGCAUGUUAAACUAAUCUAGGUAAAAAAGUGAAUUCUCGUAGAGAACUCUUUAUAAUUAGUAAAACUGCAAAAUUUGGUUGCGAAAUGUUGUAAAUGUCAAAUCCUCCAAUUCGGGCUGGACUAGAUUUCAAACUUGAUAAAAUUGCGUGGGCUUGAAACGUAGUCCACUCCUCAAAGUCGGAUUUGAAAUAUUACUUCGAUCAUUUUUGCGUUCAGACUAUAUGAGACUUGUUGGAACAGUUUGUUGCGAGUCUUUGGGCUUCGCGAGCGUGGAAAUACCUCUGACACGCACACUCGCACAGAGUAGAGUAGGAUCUUCAACUGAUGAAAUAUAAUUUUGUUUUACAGGUGGUAGUCGAGGAUGAACAUGGAAAAACGUAUGAGUUUUCAUGUAAUCAAUGGUUGAGUGAAGGUCAGGGUGGUGGAAAAACGGAAAGAUUACUCACUUUAAAGAAGAGAAAACGAAGCCAUAUCUAGGUGCGUUUGCCUUUUGAACCAUCGUUUAGUUAAUUGGAUGAAACACUGAAGCGUGAAAUACUAAACCCCCUGUCAAACGAGAAUGAUAGUUGGUCGGAGAGUUGAGAAGCGAGAGUUUGCAUGAGAUUUUCUCAACUCUUAAACCUGGUUCACACUAACUUUUGUCGGCGAUUUUGUGUUUUUGACCGAUGCAAAUGAGUGAACUAGCGCACGAAACUAUAGAGUUUCCUGUGAAAAGUAAACAAUUCUAAGACUUUUGCCUGUCUUUCAAUCCAUCACAUUUGCCUGGAGACUUUGUACUUUUGUGUGCGACGCACUCGUUUACACCCAUAUUUCUUUCUCUUAAUUUCCCCAAAAGCAAAUAUCUAAUUUCGUUUAAAAAGUGACCGACUAUUUUGAUGUUGUGACCAAAUAAUUUUGAACUUAAAAAUUAUUAGGGGGUGUGUUACACCGCCUUCCCCCCAGGCGACCUCAAUUGAUUUGGUUACUGAUGCACCAUGAGAAAACUAUCGAUGUAAAAAAAAAUAUCAUAAACCACAAUGGUUUAGAUACCAGUUAAAAAUAUGGUAAUCAUAUAAAUAAAAAAUAAACUAAUUGAAUCUAAAAGAAACUUAAAAUAAACUUAAGUUUAUCAUAAACUGAAAUAUGUAUAACACAUGCUAGAAUUAUAUAAAAUAUAUUGUUGUAUUGAGUCUAUGGCUGAGUUUACAAUGUUCCAGAUAGCUUUCUGUAGCGACGUGAAACGCCUAUCCUCCAGGAACGCAAUUUUUAGAGGAAUUAUUGGAACGGAGAGAUGUUGUUUCGCUCAGCUUCUGAAAGUUGUACAUUCCUUAUCGGAUAGGUGCUUUUCGCGCCACUACGGAAAACUAUCAGGUAUAGUGGAAACGGAACCUAUAUGUAUUAUAAAACUGCUUAUUAAUUUAAGUCCUAAAACUCUAAAUUAGCUAAACAUUCACAAAUAUAUGGAGCGAUUUAAACUUAUUCAUUUAUAAUGAUAUAAUAUAGUAAUAUUUAAUAAAAUAUUGAAUCUAUAUUCAUUUAAAUUAAUUAAAGAUUUUAC